AUGCCUGACGAGCUUGAGGAACGGCUGAAACAGCAUGCCCGCAGUUUCGAUGGGCUGCUGUCGUUAAUACCGGCCAAGGUGUACUAUGGCGAAGAUGUCAGCGACCAAUGGAAGAGGAAGAAGCAGACGCCCGAGCAAAAGCGAGAAGCAAAGAGGCAAAAGCUGGAUCCAGACAACUGGAAGAGUGCCAAAGAUGUCAUGGAUGAACGGGAGGCUGCAUCCAAGAAGCGGCAAAGAGAAGAAGAUGGCGAUGACUUUGAAAUCGACGGUAUCGAGCUAGAAGAGCCAACGAAAAAGGCCGACGGAGCAGAACGCAAGUCCAAGAAGCAGAAAAUAGACAAGAGCGAGGCGCCGCCACCAACAGAGACCGACGAGGAAAGAAGACAGCGGAUACGAGACGCCAAAGCCGCUAAACGAGAGCGAAGGAGAGAAAAGAAGCUCAAGUCGAAAGAGAAGGCGGAUCGAAGCAAGGCUCGAAAGCAGGCUGAGAAGGCUGCCAAAAAUCAGGACAAGCCUAAGAAAGCAAAGAACAACAAGCAGCCGCCCGAAAAGAGUGAGAAUGCAGGAGAAGACGCAGCUGAGGCUGACAACGACAAUAACGAAGGGGAUGAAGGUGUGGCCGAAGAAAUUGAUAUUCAGCAGCCAGCGCAUACACUGACUACCCAGCUUGACGAUGAAUCCAUGUCCGAUGUUUCAGAGCCUGAGGACACCGAAGUCUUCUCGCCACCACAGGAAUCAGGUACUUCUUCAACGUCCUCGAUCAAUCCACCGGCAGAAGACCUCGUUCAAGCGAAGCCUACGCCGCCCACCGCAGACCCGACAGCUCCACCACCAAAAGAACGACUGGCUAAUGCUCUAGCAGCAUUCCGCAGUCAAAGAAAAGCAGAUGUCGAAACAGCUCCCAAAUCGCGCGCUGAAUUGCUCGAGCAGCGCCGCCGACAGGAGGAGAAAAAGCGUGUGGAGAAGAAGGAGCGGAUCCGCCACGAGAAGGAAGAAGCUCAGCGACAGCAGGAGGCCGAAAUAGCUGCACGAUUCUCCCCUGGUGGUUCUGGAUCUCUGCUCAACUCUCCACGAUCACCAAUAUCAACACCUGAUCUGAAUGAGUCAAACAAUUUCUCUUUCGGCCGAAUCGCAUUCGACGAUGGGAGUGCCUUCAACCCCAACAUGCAAGCCGAUAACGAAGCAGGCUCCGAUCAGCGCAAAAAGAAAGGCCCCUCCGACGCCGCUACAGCCCUAGCAGCAGCCCUCAAGAAGAAGUCCCGCCUGUCCGGCUUAGACGACGAGAAGAAAUCCCGCAUAGCCAGCCAAGACAUGUGGAUGGCUGCUCGAAAGCGUGCGGCCGGCGAGAAGGUCAAAGACGACACCUCCUUGCUGAAGAAAGCACUGAAACGCCAGGAAGGCCAGAAGAAGAAAAGCGAGAAGGAAUGGACUGACCGCAAGGAAGGCAUCGACAAGAGCAUAGCGGCACGACAGAAGAAGCGGACUGAUAAUCUGGCAAAGAGGCAGGAGGAAAAGGGUAAGAAAGGCAAGGGCAAGCCGAAGAGGCCUGGGUUUGAGGGGAGUUUUAAGGGGAGAACUGGUGGGAAGAAGAAGGGGAAGGCCUAA